CUUGCGCCCGCAUUGUCCAAACCUGUUGUGUGCUUUCUUUCUUUCUCUCGCUCGCGCACCACAUCUCUCUCUCUGCGUCUUCUAAGAUUUCAAUACUCGCGAGACAACAAAAAUAACACGAACGAACACGAACAACAAGAAGAAGAGGAACAAGAACGGAGAGCGGAGCAAUGAAGCAAGCUUCGUCGGAGGCAGUUCCGUCGCUUUCCUCGGCGCCGUCGUUCACGGAGGCGGCGACAUCGUCGACGUCGUCCGCGGCAGCGGCGGAGGACCUGGCGGUGGGGUCGCGGGACGGAGGCGGCGGCGCGCAGGAGACGGUGGCGGUGGAUCGGCGAGGCGAGUACUCGGCGGUGUGCCGAUGGACGGUGCAUAAUUUCCCUCGAAUAAAGGCUAGGGCACUGUGGAGCAAGUACUUCGAGGUAGGCGGUUACGAUUGUCGGUUGCUAAUAUACCCCAAGGGUGACUCACAGGCGCUGCCUGGUUACAUCUCCAUUUACCUCCAAAUCAUGGACCCUCGCGGCACCUCUUCCUCCAAAUGGGACUGUUUCGCCAGCUAUCGUUUGGCAAUCGUCAACCUCGCCGACGAUUCCAAAACCAUUCACCGCGAUUCCUGGCACCGAUUCUCCAGCAAGAAGAAAUCCCACGGCUGGUGCGAUUUCACGCCCUCCAACACUGUUUUCGACCCCAAAUUGGGUUACCUCUUCAACACCGAUUCUGUUUUGAUCACCGCCGAUAUUCUCAUCCUCAACGAGUCCGUCAAUUUCACGCGCGACAACAAUGAGGUGCAAUCCUCGUCUUCCUCGUCCUCCAGUGCGAUGACUUCCUCCGUGGUCGCGAGUCCCGUCUCUGAUGUUUCCAGUGGGAAGUUCACUUGGAAAGUGCAUAAUUUCAGUCUGUUCAAGGAGAUGAUCAAGACGCAGAAGAUAAUGAGCCCGGUUUUCCCUGCGGGGGAGUGUAAUUUGAGGAUUAGUGUGUACCAGAGCUCCGUCAAUGGGGUUGAGUAUUUGUCCAUGUGUUUGGAGAGCAAGGACACGGAUAAGAGUGUGGUGUUGUCUGAUAGAAGUUGCUGGUGUUUGUUUAGGAUGUCUGUGUUGAACCAGAAGCCUGGUUCCAAUCACAUGCAUAGGGAUUCUUAUGGGAGGUUUGCUGCGGAUAACAAGAGUGGUGACAAUACCAGCUUGGGGUGGAAUGAUUAUAUGAAGAUGUUGGAUUUCAUUGACGCGGAUUCGGGGUUCUUGGUGGAUGACACUGCGGUUUUCAGCACCUCGUUUCAUGUGAUCAAGGAGUUUAGCAGCUUCUCCAAGAAUGGGGCUGUGAUUGCCGGGAGGAGUGGGAGUGGUGCAAGGAAGUCUGAUGGACAUGUUGGAAAGUUCACUUGGAGGAUUGAGAAUUUUACUAGGUUGAAGGAUUUGCUGAAGAAGAGGAAAAUUACGGGUCUGUGCAUCAAGAGCAGGAGGUUUCAGAUUGGUAAUCGGGAUUGUCGACUUAUUGUUUACCCUAGAGGGCAGUCUCAGCCACCAUGCCACCUUUCAGUGUUUCUUGAAGUUACUGAUUCAAGAAAUACUUCCAGUGAUUGGAGUUGUUUUGUAAGUCAUCGUUUGUCAGUUGUGAACCAAAGGAUGGAGGAUAAAUCUGUCACCAAGGAAUCUCAGAACCGGUACUCUAAAGCUGCGAAGGAUUGGGGUUGGCGUGAAUUUGUGACACUUACCAGUCUCUUUGAUCAAGAUUCAGGUUUUCUUGUCCAGGACACUGUCAUAUUCUCCGCUGAAGUUCUUAUAUUGAAAGAGACAUCAAUAAUGCAGGAUAUUACUGAGAACGAUUCCGAGUUAAGCAGCAGUGGUUCCCCAGUUGAUAAAAGAAGUUCAUUUACAUGGAAAGUGGAGAAUUUCCUUUCUUUUAAGGAAAUAAUGGAGACUCGAAAAAUCUUCAGUAAAUUCUUUCAGGCUGGUGGCUGUGAACUUCGGAUUGGUAGGUGUUCUAUCACACAAAUUUUAUCUCCUGCAUUUUAUUCACUACCAGUUGUAGUUGUGAACUUUUACUUUUUUUAUUCUCUGAUUGAAAGGUUAUGUUUCCAUGACCCAGGUGUAUAUGAGUCGUUUGACACCAUAUGUAUUUAUUUAGAGAGUGACCAGGCUGUUGGUAGUGACCCGGAUAAAAAUUUCUGGGUCAGAUACAGGAUGGCAGUUGUGAAUCAAAAAAACCCAGCCAAGACAGUGUGGAAAGAAUCUUCUAUCUGCACAAAGACAUGGAAUAAUUCAGUUUUGCAAUUCAUGAAGGUGUCUGAUAUGUUAGAAGCAGAUGCAGGAUUUCUUGUACGUGACACUGUUGUUUUUGUAUGUGAAAUAUUGGAUUGCUGCCCUUGGUUUGAGUUUUCAGAUUUAGAGGUUUUAGCAUCAGAGGAUGAUCAGGAUGCAUUGACUACUGAUCCUGAUGAGCUCAUAGACUCUGAAGACAGUGAAGGGAUAAGUGGAGACGAGGAAGAUAUUUUCAGAAAUCUUCUUUCCAGAGCUGGAUUUCAUUUAACAUAUGGAGAUAAUCCUUCACAGCCACAGGUUACUUUAAGGGAGAAACUUCUAAUGGAUGCUGGUGCGAUUGCGGGGUUUCUGACUGGACUUCGGGUUUAUCUUGAUGAUCCUGCAAAAGUUAAGCGUCUGCUUCUACCUACCAAGCUCUCUGGCAGUUGUGAUGGGAAGAAGGCCACCAAAGCUGAUGAAUCUUCCCCAAGUUUGAUGAAUUUGCUGAUGGGAGUUAAAGUCUUGCAGCAAGCAAUCAUUGAUUUACUAUUGGAUAUAAUGGUUGAGUGUUGCCAACCUUCCGAAGUGGGUCCUGUUGCUGAUUCUGUUGAUGCAUGCUCUAAACCUUCUCCAAAUGGAAGUGGAGCUGCAAGUCCUCUUGAGUGUGAAAGAGAAAAUGGAGCAAUGGAGUCUGCACGAGUCCCCGUAUGUGAGAGGUUGGAUUCUGUUGUUCAAGAAAGCAGUAAUGCAUCUGCUGUGCAGAGCUCUGAUUUAAAAGGCAAUGGUAUUCAGGAAAAAGCACUUCCUGGACAGCCCAUUUGUCCACCAGAAACAUCUGCCACUGCGUCAGAAAAUGCAUCCCUUCGUUCAAAGACCAAGUGGCCAGAACAGUCCGAGGAGCUCUUAGGUUUGAUUGUAAACUCACUAAGAGCUUUGGAUGGGGCUGUUCCACAAGGCUGUCCAGAACCAAGACGGCGACCUCAGUCUGCACAAAAAAUUGCUCUUGUAUUGGACAAGGCUCCUAAGCAUUUACAAGCAGACCUAGUUGCUCUGGUGCCCAAAUUGGUUGAGCAGUCAGAACACCCACUGGCUGCCUGUGCACUUCUUGAGCGACUUCAAAACCCAGAGGCGGAACCUGCUUUACGAAUACCUGUUUAUGGGGCUCUUAGUCAAUUGGAGUGUGGUAGUGAAGUGUGGGAACGCAUUCUGUUUCAGUCAUUUGAGCUUUUGACAGACUCAAAUGAUGAACCCCUAACUGCAACAAUAAAUUUUAUAUUCAAAGCGGCAUCUCAAUGUCAACACCUCCCUGAAGCAGUUAGAUCUGUUCGUGUCAGGCUGAAAAAUCUAGGUCUUGAGGUGUCACCUUGCGUCCUUGACUUUUUGAGUAAGACUAUAAAUAGUUGGGGGGAUGUUGCUGAAACCAUACUUAGGGACAUUGAUUGUGACGAUGAUUGUGGUGACAGUUGCUCGGCUUUGCCAUGUGGGAUUUUCUUAUUUGGUGAACAUGGCACUGCUCCCAGUGGAUUGCAUGUGAUUGAUGAGCAGGCUUAUCAUGCUAGUCGUCACUUUUCUGAUAUUUAUAUACUGUUUGAAAUGUUAUCUAUUCCUUGCCUUGUUGCUGAAGCUUCUCAAACAUUUGAGAGAGCUGUAGCUCGAGGUGCAAUAAGUGCCCAGUCUGUAACCCUAGUAUUACAAAGCCGUCUUUCCCAAAGAUUGAACAAUAAUGGCAGCUAUGCUUCUGAAAAUUUCCAGCAUUCAGAUGGUGCUACAGAGGGAGAUGCCUGUGAGCAAUUGGGAGUUCAAAGGGAUGAUUACACUUCUGUUCUUGGUCUUGCUGAAAAUUUGGCCCUCUCUAAAGACCCAUGCGUGAAAGAAUUUGUGAAACUUCUCUACAUGAUAAUGUUUAGAUGGUUUGCCAAUGAAUCUCAUCGGGGGAGGAUGCUGAAGAGGCUUGUUGACCGUGCCACUAGCAAUACGGACAAUGGUCGUGAAGUAGAUUUUGAUUUGGAUAUCUUGGUUACUUUGGUCUGUGAGGAGCAGGAGUUUAUCAGGCCUGUUUUGAGUAUGAUGCGUGAAGUAGCUGAACUUGCAAAUGUUGAUCGGGCUGCUCUAUGGCACCAGUUAUGUGCCAGUGAAGAUGAAAUUGUGCGUGUUCGUGAAGAAAGCAAAAAUGAGAUUUCUAAUAUGGCUAAGGAAAAAGUUAUGAUAUCGCAAAAGCUGAGUGAAUCUGAGGCCACAAACAAUCGCUUGAAGUCUGAAAUGAGGACUGAGAUGGAUCGGUUUUCUCGGGAAAAGAAGGAACUAGCAGAACAAAUUCAAGAAGUUGAGAGUCAGCUUGAAUGGAUCCGCUCAGAACGGGAUGAUGAAAUCGCAAAGCUCUCUGCAGAGAAGAAAGCUCUUCAUGACCGUUUACAUGAUGCAGAGACACAACUUUCUCAAUUGAAGUCUCGGAAACGUGAUGAAUUAAAGAAAGUAGUCAAGGAGAAAAAUGCUCUUGCUGAAAGAUUGAAGAAUGCUGAAGCUGCACGCAAGAGAUUUGACGAAGAACUGAAAAGAUUUGCAACAGAGAAUGUGACCCGGGAAGAAAUCCGGCAAUCACUCGAAGAUGAAGUUCGUAGAUUGACUCAAACAGUUGGGCAAACUGAAGGGGAAAAGCGGGAGAAGGAAGAACAGGUUGCUAGGUGUGAAGCAUAUAUUGAUGGCAUGGAAUCAAAGUUGCAAGCUUGCCAGCAAUAUAUUCACACACUUGAGGCCUCACUCCAGGAGGAAAUGUCAAGACAUGCCCCUCUAUAUGGUGCUGGUCUGGAGGCUUUAUCAUUGAAAGAGUUGGAAACACUAUCACGUAUUCAUGAAGAUGGGCUUAGGCAGAUCCAUGCCCUUCAACAGCGUAAAGGGAGUCCUGCCGGGAGCCCUCUUGUGAGUCCCCAUGCUCUCCCUCACACCCAUGGAUUAUAUCCAACUGCGGCCCCCCCAAUGGCCGUGGGUCUGCCUCCCUCAAUAAUCCCAAAUGGUGUAGGGAUCCACAGCAACGGCCAUGUGAAUGGUGGUGCAGUUGGACCCUGGUUUAAUCACUCUUGAAUUUCUCUCUCGGGUCAGAGAGUGUUAUUCUUUUCGAGUUAUUUCUUUGGCAUUCUGGCUGAUAGAACUGUUGGAGCUUAAUGUUGGGUAAAGGAUUACCGAAUAUUAGAAGUUUUGGGUGAGAAGUUUUGCCUUACAAUGAUAAUCCAGUGGAACUAUCAGUUGCAAAUGCCGUACUCAUUUGCGCCUACGUCUUUUUGAGGGAAAAAAAAUUACUUACAGGCUUUUUUUAAGUUUCUAUAGUUAUAGCUUACUGUUAUUACAUAGUUUGGCAAGUGGUUGAAUCUAUUUUAUCCUGGGCCAGAAGUGAAGCGCUGUAAGAAAUCUUGACUGACAGUUUUUAAUACGUAAUCAACAAAGAAAAUCCCUUUUCCUCUGAUUACGUUAAUGUUGCAGGUUAUUCGUUUUAGGUAUGUAUACUUAAUUUUUCUUUUUUCUUUCA